AUGGCACAACUGUACUACAAAAAGGUCAACUACUCACCAUACAGAGACCGCAUCCCCCUACAGAUUGUGAGGGCAGAGACAGAGCUCUCUGCUGAGGAGAAGGCCUUCCUCAAUGCUGUGGAGAAGGGGGACUACGCCACUGUGAAGCAGGCCCUCCAGGAGGCCGAGAUCUACUACAAUGUCAACAUCAACUGCAUGGACCCACUGGGCCGGAGCGCCCUGCUCAUUGCCAUUGAGAAUGAGAACUUGGAGAUCAUGGAGCUCCUGCUGAACCACAGCGUGUACGUCGGCGAUGCGCUGCUCUACGCCAUCCGCAAGGAAGUGGUGGGUGCUGUGGAGCUUCUGCUCAGCUACAGGCGGCCCAGUGGAGAGAAGCAGGUCCCCACUCUUAUGAUGGACACCCAAUUCUCUGAGUUCACACCAGACAUUACUCCCAUCAUGCUGGCUGCCCACACCAACAACUAUGAAAUCAUCAAACUGCUUGUCCAAAAACGGGUCACUAUUCCCCGGCCCCACCAGAUUCGCUGCAACUGUGUGGAGUGUGUGUCCAGUUCAGAGGUAGACAGCCUGCGCCACUCCCGUUCCCGACUGAACAUCUAUAAAGCCCUGGCAAGUCCCUCACUCAUCGCCUUAUCAAGCGAGGACCCCAUCCUAACUGCCUUCCGCCUGGGCUGGGAGCUCAAGGAGCUUAGCAAGGUGGAGAAUGAGUUCAAGGCUGAGUACGAGGAGCUCUCCCAGCAGUGCAAGCUCUUUGCCAAAGACCUGCUGGACCAGGCUCGGAGCUCCCGGGAAUUGGAGAUCAUCCUCAACCAUCGAGAUGACCACAGUGAAGAGCUUGACCCUCAAAAGUACCAUGACCUAGCCAAAUUGAAGGUGGCCAUCAAAUACCACCAGAAAGAGUUUGUGGCCCAGCCCAAUUGCCAACAGUUGCUUGCCACUCUGUGGUACGACGGCUUCCCUGGAUGGCGGCGGAAACACUGGGUCGUCAAGCUUCUGACGUGCAUGACCAUUGGGUUCCUGUUUCCCAUGCUGUCUAUUGCUUAUCUCAUCUCACCCAGGAGCAACCUUGGGCUGUUCAUCAAGAAACCCUUCAUCAAGUUUAUCUGCCACACAGCGUCAUAUCUGACCUUCCUCUUCAUGCUUCUCCUGGCUUCUCAGCACAUCGUCAGGACAGACCUCCAUGUACAGGGACCUCCCCCGACUGUCGUGGAGUGGAUGAUACUGCCUUGGGUUCUCGGUUUCAUUUGGGGGGAGAUAAAGGAAAUGUGGGAUGGUGGAUUUACUGAAUAUAUCCAUGACUGGUGGAACCUGAUGGAUUUUGCAAUGAACUCACUCUACCUGGCAACUAUUUCCUUGAAGAUUGUAGCCUAUGUCAAGUAUAAUGGUUCCCGUCCAAGGGAAGAAUGGGAAAUGUGGCACCCGACUCUGAUUGCAGAAGCUCUCUUUGCGAUAUCCAACAUUUUAAGUUCGUUGCGUCUCAUAUCCCUGUUCACAGCCAACUCCCACUUAGGGCCUCUGCAGAUCUCUUUGGGGCGCAUGUUGCUCGAUAUCCUCAAAUUCCUCUUUAUCUACUGCCUGGUACUGCUGGCUUUUGCCAAUGGAUUGAACCAGCUUUACUUUUAUUAUGAGACCAGAGCAAUCGAUGAGCCCAACAACUGCAAGGGGAUCCGAUGCGAGAAACAGAACAAUGCCUUCUCCACGCUCUUUGAAACCCUUCAGUCCCUCUUCUGGUCUGUAUUCGGCCUUUUAAAUCUCUAUGUCACCAAUGUGAAAGCCAGACAUGAAUUCACAGAGUUUGUGGGAGCGACCAUGUUUGGUACAUACAAUGUCAUCUCCUUGGUAGUGCUGCUGAACAUGCUGAUCGCCAUGAUGAACAACUCCUACCAGCUUAUUGCUGAUCAUGCUGAUAUUGAGUGGAAGUUUGCAAGGACGAAGCUCUGGAUGAGUUACUUUGACGAAGGUGGCACCUUGCCACCUCCUUUCAACAUUAUCCCCAGCCCCAAGUCAUUUCUAUACCUUGGCAACUGGUUCAACAACACCUUCUGCCCUAAAAGAGACCCUGAUGGUAGACGAAGAAGGCACAACUUGAGAAGCUUCACAGAACGCCAUGCUGACAGCCUAAUACAGAACCAACAUUACCAGGAAGUUAUCAGGAAUUUAGUCAAAAGAUAUGUGGCAGCUAUGAUAAGAAAUUCCAAAACAAAUGAGGGACUAACAGAAGAAAAUUUUAAGGAAUUAAAGCAGGAUAUCUCCAGCUUUCGAUAUGAAGUGCUUGACCUCUUGGGAAACAGGAAGCACCAAAGAAGAAGUUUUUCCACUAGCAGCACUGAACUCUCUCAGAGGGAUGAUACCAAUGAUGGCAGUGGUGGGGCUCGGGCCAAAUCGAAGAGUGUUUCUUUCAAUGUAGGCUGCAAGAAAAAAGCCUGCCAUGGGCCACCUCUCAUCAGGACUAUGCCAAGAGUCGGUGGUGCCCAAGGCAAGUCAAAAGCUGAGUCAUCAAGCAAACGAUCCUUCAUGGGUCCCUCUCUCAAGAAACUGGGUCUCCUAUUCUCCAAGUUUAAUGGUCAUAUGUCCGAACCCAGUUCAGAGCCAAUGUACACAAUCUCUGAUGGAAUUGUUCAGCCACACUAUAUGUGGCAGGACAUCAGAUAUUCUCAGAUGGAGAAAGGGAAAGCAGAGGCCUGUUCUCAAAGUGAAAUUAACCUCAGUGAGGUAGAAUUAGGUGAAGCCCGGGGCACUGCUCAGAGCACUGAAUGCCCUCUAGCCUGUUCCAGCUCUCUUCACUGCGUUUCCAGCAUCUGUUCCUCAAAUUCUAAACUUUUAGACUCCUCAGAGGAUGUAUUUGAAACAUGGGGAGAGGCUUGUGACCUGCUCAUGCACAAAUGGGGUGAUGGACAGGAAGAACAAGUUACAACUCGGCUCUAA